UGUUGGCAGUUUUUGUUUGACCGACUGUCCAUGAUCCAAUGAAGUUAAGCACGGAAGUUUUGAUAAAAAUACCGAAAAAAGUUUAAUUUAUUAAAAAGUCACAUAAAACAGCAAUGAUUCGCUUGUUAUUCGAUAAAAUCAGAUUACCUAGUGUUCUGCCUAUAAUCAGCAGGCAAAUAUCAUCCACAUCAAAGCAAUUUGUAGCCCAAUUACCGAAAUCAGACAAAAAUGAAUUUAUUAAGGAUGUUAUUGUUUAUAGCUAUGACAAUCCAGGGAGAUUUAGGUUGAUUAAUAUUUUUUCUAUUAGUCAAAUGAUCUUCUGGGCAUAUCUUGGUAAUUGGGCGUUUACAGACAUGAAAUUCGUCACUGUAAAAGAAGGGGUUGACGAGACGUUGCCCUGGUACAGAAAAAUCAAUCUUGGGGAAGGGAGAUAUAAAAACACAUUAGCUGCUGGAUGCUUCCUAAUAGGAUACUUAUCAAUCGUGCUAGGAUGGACUUUUACUCUCCGCUCAAUUAGAUAUCUAAUCAUGAGAAAAGAUGGUAAAACUAUCUCUUUAGUCAGCUUUACACCGUUUGGAAAAAACAGAAUUAUGGAUGUUCCUUUAAAAAACAUCAGUGUUUCAGAAUCCAGAACAUCCAGUAGAGCAUAUUUACCUGUUAAAGUAAAGGACACAAGAUUCUAUUAUCUCCUUGACAUGAAAGGAGACUUCAAAAACACUAGAUUGUUUGACAAUGUUAUAGCACUUAAUAGAAAGCUUUAAUUGACUUUUUGUAUAAAUAUUUUAUUAGGUAUCAAUAGAUUUAUGUCUAUAAAAUUGCAAAUAUUAAGUUACUGGAAGCUUAUUUUGUUUAUAAGGCAAUUCGGAAUGUUCUAUGCUGGAAAUCUAAAGUUCUUUGUGAAUGUACUUUCCAAUUUAGGCAGCAUGCACUGAUCUCGAUACCCACGUUUCAUGGAUACUUCAUUUAUAACGGAAGUACAAAUGUCCAUUAAAUGCUGGCUCUUAUGAAGUUCUGAGACUUUCUUAACUAAUUCUUGUAUAAACCAGCUUCCAUUUUCGACAUGUCUAACAGAAGCAAAUCCUUCAAUGGUCGACCAGAAUAUCAAGAAGUCAGCUCUAGUUGAUCCAGAAAUUAAGUUUGAUUGAUUCGGUCCAUCAAGUUCAGUUUGAAUGAUCUUUUUGACUGUUGGCUGUAAAUUGUCUCCUUGGCACGCUUGAAUCAACAGAAUCUUCGGUUUAUUAAGAAGCACUUUUGAUGACAUGUUUGCCUUAAUAUCCCUUACAAACACAGGAACUGAAUCACUGCCAUAAAAUAAGCCUUCAUGUCCAUGAGACAAGACACAGACAAUUAAUCCAUCAUAUUUUGAGCUUUGCUUGCUGGCUUUGUCUACUUCCUUAAUUAUUUCAACAUGUGUCAAGUCAUUCUUGACCACGACAUGAUACUUGAAAUCUUCAAAAAGCUUCUUAAGUGCUUCCAUGUCCUUUACAGUCCCAUUUCUCUCUGUAAGGAUAUCUUUUGGAAGUAAAUUCAUUAACUCAAUGUUUGUUGUCUUUCUAAAAUGCUGCUGAUUGAUAAUCAAGGCAAACAUCUUUUUCGUCCUGUAAUUGUCGAGUGGAUUUGUAAGAGUUUGUACAUCAUUUUGUUCUGAUCGUGUUGCUGGAAUGCUUUGUUCUCGAUUUGUGGAAUUAAAAUCGCCGUUUGCUGAAGUGUCUAAAGUAUUCAGCUUUGUUGGGAAUUUCUUUAGUAGCUCUAAAACUGAAGGAUCUUCAAUUGUUGUGGUACUUUCAAACUUCUUUAUUAAUGACAGAUCACAUCCAGCUGACGUCACUUUGAUUUUAUCUUCAGUUAUUGCAUGUAAUAAAUGUAAUUCCAGUUGAUCUUCUAAAGUUAAAGUUGAUGAAUCACAUUCGUCUUUUAUAAAAUUAAUAAGUUGAUCAUUUAAAGUUUUUGGACAUGCUUCACACAGCUGAUACAGCAGUUUUAAACCAGGAUUUAAUAAGGAACUUUUUCUUACAAACUCACGAGCCAUCGGAAGGGGAAUUCCCAAGUUUUGAAUACAUUCAAAUGCCUUGAUUGUUCCGAGAGCCUCAAUUAUUGUCGAUUUCCAGUUAUCAUGAUAGUUUGCGUAAUUCUCUAAUAAGCUGAUUUCAAUCUGCUUUUCUUUCAGCUUUUCCAACACCCAUUUCGGUCUUUCUGUACCGAAUAAUAGGAAAGCUAUUGAUAUCAGCUCAUCUGGCAGUAAAUCUUCCUCUAAAAACUUUAAAUCUUGUAUUGCUAUGUUCCUCGAUUCCAUUUUAAUGACAUUUUAUCAUCUUAAAAAAAUCACUAUUUGCUGGGAAUCACCUGUGGACUAUGAAGUGAGAAACAUAAGCAAACAAAAGAGUAUU